CGUCCAUAUUCUAUUCCCUUAUCUUUCUAAAAUCAAAAAUCUCCUCUCCUUUCUUCAAUUACUAUAAAGAAACCACACUUUCCCUCUUAACAUACCACACCCCCUACCUACUUCUCCUCUUGUUCUUGUUCUUGUUCUUGUUCUUGUCUCUCUCUUCUUUCUUUUGUCUAUUAACUCAUUCUACAAUUUGCAAAUGGCAGAUUUUGAAUAAUACUAUUAAGUACUUAUAUAUUGUUUUAUUUUUAAGUUGCAAUUAUAUUAAUUCUUCUUCUUUUUUGUGGAUGGAGAAGCUUAAUUUUGUGAAGAAUGGUAUACUGAGAUUGCCUCCUGGAUUUAGGUUUCGUCCAACUGAUGAAGAGCUUGUAGUUCAGUAUUUAAAGCGUAAGGUCUUGUCUUUCCCCUUGCCAGCCUCUAUCAUCCCUGAGGUGGAAAUUCACAAGUCUGAUCCUUGGGAUUUGCCAGGUGAUUUGGAGGAAGAAAGGUACUUUUUUAGCACAAGGGAGGUGAAGUAUCCAAAUGGGAACAGGUCAAAUAGAGCAACGAACUCAGGCUAUUGGAAGGCAACAGGAAUUGACAAGCAAAUAGUGAGUUGCAAGGGCCAACAAUUGGUAGGAUUGAAGAAAACUCUUGUCUUCUAUAGAGGCAAAUCUCCACAUGGUUGCAGAACCAAUUGGAUUAUGCACGAGUAUCGUCUUCCUAAUCUUGAAACUAUUUCAAUCCUACCCAACAACAACCUUACGCAGGAAAACUGGGUUCUCUGCCGCAUAUUCUUAAAGAGAAAAGAUGGUAAAAAUAAGGAGGAGGACAUAACACAUCAGGUGUUUAAUAGCAGAAACACAAGUGCAAAUUCAGGGAAUAAGAAGAAGGCAGUCUUUUACGAUUUUAUGGCCAGAGAGAGGGAAGAUUUGAAUGGAUCAGUUCCAGCUUCAACGUCAUUUUCUGGUUCCAGUGGGAUCACUGAGCUGACUGCUAAUGAAUCUGAUGAUCACGAAGAAAGUAGCAGCAGCUUUAAUAGUUUUACUAGAAGAAAACAAUGUCCUUAGAAUAGAUGGCCUUUCCUUCUUUUUUUUCUUUUCUUAUUUUUACCUUAAUUUCAAGUGCUAAAUUCGAUUUUCCCGUGGCAUUCCAUUGGAAUAAGCAUCUAGAUUUCGACUU